ACACUCUCUUACCUCCUCUGGGGUGACUGCUGUCCUGCUGUGACAGCAGGUUAAUUCUCAAGUCCUUAUCCUCUCCUAAGGCCCGAGAGGUUCUCUGCUGGGUCUGUGUCCUGGAAUUGGAGCUCCACAAUGAAGGCCCAGGGUGUCCUCUGGAUAGUGCUUGGAUUGCUGCUGUGGCCAGAGCCAGGGACAGCCUCUUCCUUGCCCCUGGUCAUGGACUCCAUCAUCCAGGCCCUUGCUGAACUUGAGCAAAAGGUACUGGUGACUGGGGCCAAUGUCACUGCCUCUGCAAGGAUUCUGUCAGCCAAGAACUCCAGCCCCCACAAUUCCCUUCACCAGCACUUGCUGCUGAAGGCACCAAGCCACGACACUAUAGAGCCAGAUCUUCAGUCACUCAGCCCAGAGCUUCAAGCCCUGAUUUCCGAGGUGGCCCAACAUGAUGUACACGAUGGGCAGGAACAUGGAGUGGUGCUGGCACCCGACGGCUCCACUGUAGCAGUGAAGCCUCUACUGGUUGGGCUAGAGGCUGGUCUACAGGGGUACGGUGUUGCUAACUUGUCUUCAGAUUGCCUGACCAUCCCCUGUGAUCCUGGAGACACCUUGACCAAUAUUGGAGCCACCUGGCCAAGACUCAUGGAUGCCUUUUCAAAUGCCUCUUCUCCAGAUGUUGGAGCCACUUUACCAAAUGACAAAGCCAAGACUCCCACCACUGUGGACAGACUCCUGGCAAUAACCUUGGCUGGUGACUUAGGUCUGACCUUCCUCCAUGGGUCUCAGAUUAGGAGUCCUCCAGGCCUGGGAACUGAGGGCUGUUGGGACCAGCUUUCUGCCCCCAGGGUCUUCACACUGUUGGACCCCAAGGCAUCCAGGGUCACCAUGGCUUUCCUCAAUGGUGCCUUGGAUGGAGCUCUCCUUGGGGACCAAUUGAGCCGAAUCCCUAGGCCCCACCCACCCCUCAGCCACCUGCUGAGAGAGUACUAUGGAGGUGGGGUGAAUGGAGAUCCAGCGUUCCGAAGUAACUUCCGAAGGCAGAAUGGGGCUGCUUUGACUUCAGCCUCUACCCUGGCCCAGCAGCUAUGGGAGGCCCUUGUCCUGCUACAGAAACUGGAGCCAGGGCAUCUGCAGUUACAGAGCAUGAGCCAAGAACAGCUGGCUCAGGCGGCCACCUUUGCUACUAAGGAGUUCACUGAGGCUUUCUUGGGAUGCCCAGCCAUUCACCCUCGCUGCCGCUGGGGAGCGGCUCCCUACCGAGGCCACCCAACGCCACUCCAGCUGCCACUUGGAUUUUUAUAUGUGCAUCACACGUACGUGCCAGCGCCACCCUGCACCACCUUCCAGAGCUGCGCGGCCAAUAUGCGCUCCAUGCAGCAUUUCCACCAGGACUUUCGUCAUAGGCUCCGACGGCUAUGUGUACCAGGGUCGUGGCUGGUACUGGGUAGGUGCGCACACGCGCGGUUACAACUCCCGCGGCUUCGGUGUGGCCUUCGUGGGCAACUACACCGGGUCACUGCCCAGCGAAGCUGCGCUGAACACGGUGCGCGACGUGCUCCCGAGCUGCGCAAUUCGCGCAGGUCUCUUGGGGCCAGACUACAAGUUGCUCGGCCACCGCCAGCUAGUGCAUACCGACUGCCCCGGGAACGCGCUCUUCAACUUGCUGCGCACCUGGCCUCACUUCACUGUGGUUGAAAACUAAGAACUCCUUUGAGGGACCCUUGAAGAUCCAGAAGGCACUAUACCUAACGAGCCUUUGAGCAACCACAGACCUCCAAUAAAGGGACCACUGAAAGGAAAUAUCUCUAUAAGCAUCAUCUUCCUCAGAGACCAGAAUGCAAGCAAAGUGUGUGCGGCUCAGUGGGAAAGCACCCAGCUGACAAACAAGAGGCUUUUGAUUGUGUUUUGUAUUUUCAAUUUUUUUUUCAUGACAGCGUUUCUCUGUGUAGCCUUGGCUAUCCUGGAACUGUAGACCAGGCUGGCCUCAAAUUCAAAGAGAUCUGCCUGCUUUUGCCUCCUUAAAUUAAAGACACUGGAAUUAAAGACUUGUGUCAGUCACCGCUGCCUGUCAGCUCUCGACCCCUACUCCAGCACUACAAAAUAAAUGAAGCUGGGUACAGGAGCUCAUAUUUGUAAUCACAGCAAUUGGAAGAUAGAGGAAGGAGAAUUUCUUGGAAGCUGUGGGUAUUAGGGACUGACACCGCCUAACACUGAGUGCUAACGAGUCAGGAUGACAAAAAUGGAGGCAGCUUAUUUUACGACCUUGUAAGGUGAAAUGCCAACAAAACCGGUAACAGUGCCUCUUUGGGAGAAAAACUGUCCUUUUUUUUUAAAUGCUCUUAAUCAAAACCCCUUUCCCUCUCCUUGCUGCAUGUUGCCUGAGUUUCAUCAUCCAUCCCUUUCCCCCUUUUUUCAAUGUAUGCUCUUGGUCAUGAUGCAGCAAGCUACCUGUAUCCUCCCAUCCUGAGACAGAUAACCUUUAGUUUGAAAAGAAGGCUAGCCAAAAGACCAGACAAGAAGGCACAAGGUGUUAGGAUAGAGAAACCAAUGCCAUCUACUCUUACCUGCCACCUAAGCCUGUCUAAGGGGCUUUUGUAUUAAAAAUGGACCAUAGUGUUUUGUUUUCCACCAAGGCUAGAAGCUAAUCUGUGCUACAGAAUCAAGAAAACAAAAGCAAAUAAAUGAAUUUCAGUACAAAA